AUGGACUGGCUCCUCGAUGGGUCAUUGCUGAGUAAUAGUGAGACCGAUCUCGCCAACGUCUUUGAAUAUGAGCCAAGAUCUGUCAAAGUUGUCCAAUUAGACGACGAAGAUGGGGAGCCCAAACAGUGGAAGCUGGUUGCUCUCAGACUAAUAAAAGUCGGUGAAAAGAACCACAGAGACCUUGACCAGAGCUACAAGCCCAAGAUCACUGUCGUAUUUGCAAGACGAGCCAAGACUAGCCCGUCAGCUUACCAACCCAAAACCAUCCGCUCUCUUUCUUUUUCACGCGAGACCUUCAGAUAUAUCUGUAGCAAGCUGAUGAUUCAUAGUGGCAUCUCUCGGACCAUCAGCCGUGGAGAUGUGGCAAGCUUUUGUUCGGGAGAUGUGGCUAUGGGUGAGCUUGAAGAGCCAGCUAUCGGUGGGACCUCCAUGGCAUGGGAUGGCGACUUAGCUCUUUCGGUAACACACCUAUCAAAGACAGGUUCGACGAACGCUAUCGUCUUCGGCACCACUGCUGAAAUAGAGGAUGAGAUUAUUGACAGACUCUACUGCUCAUCCAGCGCCUUGUCACACCCAUUCCUACUUCCGGGAAUCUUCACUGAGCUAGAGAGAGAGAGACAGCUAAAGCGGCUCGUUGAGGAUACUCAAGGCGAGCUGGAAAAGGCUACAUACUACUUGGGUUCCGAUGAGGGAAGCGAAAGUGACCAGGCUGCUACCCAGCCAAUCAUCGACCUUUGGCUUAACACCACGGAGCUCCGAAAUGGCCUGUUCAACUGGAAGACACAGGUGGAAGAGAUGCUACUUCAUAUCGAAGGAAUGGCCGAGAGUUACUCAACAUCAAACGUCAUGGAUGGACGUUCGGCAUUUGCUUGUGCCGAUACCAAAGCAGAUCUAAAGCGGAAGCAAGCAAAAGUGAAUUCUAUGAUCAGAAACCGAUUGAGGUCGAUAAUAAACGAGUAUGAGGACACUAUAAGAGACUGUACUAUGAGAUUAGACGGAAUGUCGAUGGCGACUCAGCUCUCUCAUGCAAGGACCAACAUGCAAAUUGCCCUGGAAUCCAAACGAGAUGGGAAGCGAAUGCAGAAUAUUUCCAUUUUCUCCAUGGUGUUUCUACCCAGCAUGUUUGUUGCAGUAAGUCAGAUCCUUGCCACUGCUUGUCUGGUAUCUUUCUUGGUACGUCUUAUUGUACGGAAAUUGGAAGUCUGA